UCGGGCGGAUUCGGUAAAAUUCUCGGCAUAGGCGGAAGACGUCAUCAUCACUCAAGUCCUAGAUUCACAUCGCAUGGAAUCGGCUCACGAUCUCGUUCGAAUACGUUCAAGAAUAUGAUUGUCGGAGCAGCCGCCGGUUACCUAACCUACCAGGCUGGCAGAGCCAUCAUCCGAUCAAUGGCUGGACCAAUGAUGUGGAAUAAUCGACCGUACUACUGGGGAUCGAAUUACUAUCGACCGCAACGAGGACAGGAGAACGUCUGCCGAAUGCCUAUCGAUCCUUCUGAUCCACAAUUUGGAAACAUCUACCAACCGGACGGCGUAACUCGUCCACAUGAGAUCGUGUGGGGAUGUGGUUACUACGAGUACUGCUGCGGCUAUGAGUGCUGUCGCGGUGGUGGAGCGUCGACGAUCGGCGGCUACAGUGCCUCUGUGGGGUACGCGUUCGCGAUCAUCUACAUCGCUCGAGCUUAUCUAGUCUAA